UCAAGUUCGUUGGCUCGUUAGUUGGGUUUGUUUGUUGUUAUGUUUUUACAAAGAUGAACAACUUAAAAUUCUUUGCACUUGUUUCUACAAGUGAAAAACCACUGGAAAUUCAGAAGGUCGUAGCAACUGCUGAGAGUGAUGCUGGAAAAUUUGAUGGUGGGCAGCAUGAUUUUGAAGGAAGCAUACCUCUUCCACUUCCUCAAUUUCUGCUCAUCUUUUCCGUGGGUGAUUGGCCGUCAGACUCUCACUGCAAAGAGAUGAAUGCUCAGAUCCAUCUGGGCAAAGAUUUGGAACCAUUCUACCUCGGCACACUUUCAAAAGAAAACAGAGCCCUCUGUUGGCAAGGUGUUUGGAGGGAUGAUCUAUACGUACGAGGCAUCCUAAUGUCAGACGAGGGACAACCUGGCCUUCUUUUGGUCACACCCAGUUUGGAGCAAAAAGACAGUGGUCAGGUCAGGUGCAGUUAUCAAGACCUAUCCUCAAAGACUUCCCCUGCAGACGUGACCUUCGACCCGAUGGAUGACUUUGAGACAUCUCAGACAGAAUCUCAGGUGAUGGAUUUGACUUUGGACGUUGAACCCCUGAGAAUAAGAGAUAACGUCAAUACAGGGAAAAGUGAUACCCCGAACACCAAGAGUAGACUCAGACAGCGGCAGACAGAAGUUACCCCAGAGGUUACGCCACAGCUCUCUCGGGCACCAGUCAUAUCCAAGUCCAGCAGGAAAAAACGCAAGACAGAUGAGGACCAGUCGACGCCCAGUCCUAGGGGUAGGGCUAAACGAUUGCAGCUGAAAAGGACGCCAGCGAGUGCUAAAAAAGAAAGCCCCGCCCCUUGUAGGACACCCAGUAAGGCAAACUGCGACCAAGUCCCCAGUGCCAGAUGGGGUCAUUCCAUGUGUUCAAUCAGCAACAAUCAAGCCUUGGUGAUAGGUGGUCAAGGAGAACAACAGGUGCUGAGUAAAGACAGCAUUUGGCUGUUGGACACCGAAAGUAAGACAUGGUGUGUUCCCGGCAUGACUAAGAUAGAAGCCAACAAGCCACAGAAUAGAAUGGGCCACACUGCAGUGUACGACCCAAUGGUCAAGUGUGUCUAUGUGUUUGGAGGAUCCAAGAAUCUCAGAUGGUUUAAUGAUGUCCACGUCUUGGACAUUGAAUCUUGGAGAUGGUCACAUGUUGAAGCCCAGGGACGAGCACCCACAAGGGCUUAUCACACCAGUACCAUCUACCGCAACGAGAUGUUUGUCUUUGGUGGUGUGUACCCUAACCCUGACCCUGAGCCUGACGGCUGCAGUGACCAACUACUUAUAUUCAACCCAGCCUCUGAGAGUUGGUAUGAGCCGUUGGUUACCGGAAAGAAACCCAAACCUCGAUCGGGGCAUUCAGCCACACUCCUCGAUGACCAGUUAGUUAUAUUCGGCGGAUGGGACGCCCCAGAAUGCUUUAAUGACGUACACUGCCUCGACCUCACUCUGUUUGAUUAUGAGAAUAUUCAAGUGAUUGGAUCUCCACCUUGUCCGCGUAGUUGGCAUGCCUCGGCUGCUAUGCCUGGCAAGCGGAUUUUCAUCCAUGGAGGUUUUGAUGGCGACAUGGCAAUGACUGAUUCUUUCAUUUUUUGUUUAGCCACCUGUAGCUGGACACAGGUCUACAUUCCUCUUCCCAUGACACCAUGUGCUGGCCACACCCUCAUCACUCUCAAUCAGAAGUUCAGAGACGAUGGCGGUAAGGACAAGGAGAACGAGACAAUAGAAGAUGACAGGAGACAAAGACUGAUGAUAUUCGGCGGCGGGAACAACGAGGGAGUCUUCUCCAACAAGCUGAAGACAUUCAAACUUGAGCUUGCCUAGUAAUGAUUACGUUGCCUGUUAAGAGUCCAUGUCAUAUCUUUGUAUUCUUGAUAGAUCAGGAUUUUUUUAACCGCGUGCGGUAAGUUACAUGUUUGCAAAUUCAUCACGAGUAGCAGGCCUGAUACUUCCAGG